GGCACAGGAGCAGCCCCAAGUGGGAGCCCUGCCAUGAGCCCAGGGCCACAGCCAGCCCUGGCUCCCAACUGGGCAGAGCUGGCACUGGCUCCUGACAGGGCCUGGCUCUGUCCCCUUGGGCUGGGGGAGCUGUCGCAGAGCAGGGAGGGUCAGGGGUGGCAGUGGCUGCUCAGGGAUGGCUUUGGCCUGAGUCCCUGGAAGGAGCCACUGCCCAAGCAGCUGUGCUGUCCCUGGGCUCUGCUCCUGGCCUUCUGGGCUCUGCUGGGGGGCACAGCCUGUGCCAAGGGGCAGCAAGGUGCCUGCAGGCCCCAGCUCUGGGGGAAACAGAGAACAUCCAGGCCAUACCCAGCGUGCUGCCAGCUCAGCAGUGGAGCACAGCACGGGCUCACACUGCACAUUGCUUCCGUAGAUGGAGCCGGCACCACAAGUCAUGUUCCUGAUUCCCGGAAGGGCACCGAAACAGGUUUCUGUCAGGGAACACUCUGCUGGCUGGAGAUAACAGCCAUGGUGGCUGGUGGAGAGCUUGUCAUCAUGUUGUGCUGCUUUGGAAUCUGCUAUGCCUGCAAGAGAAAACGGCACCUCCUUGAAGAAAAGCUGAAAGCUGGUGGCUGGUCCCAAGACCUCUACAGCCCGAAGAGCUACAGCAGCAGCUCUGACACUGACGAGUUUAUAUUUGCACCUUCAAGCUUUGUGAUGCUUUGAGAGGACAGGCCCAGCCCUCCAUCCAAGCCAAAAUUCCCCAGGAAAGGAAUUGGAAUUGGAAGCCUUCAACUGAACCAUGACUGAGAGCUGCCAAAAUCACGUCUUCUGUUCCAAUAAAUAGAUGUAGCUCCCACCCCA